AUGAUUUACACAUCAAUAUCGCCCGUCUCCCCAGAGGACGACACCCACCACAAUCGUAACGACGACGACGCCGUCUCAAUUCUCUCAAACGCCGCACCACCCUCCGGCUAUCAAGCAUACCGACCUCCGCCCACGCAAGAAUAUACGCACUCUCCAAUGAGAAGUCAGCAGCAAGCUACAAGCUAUUCAUCACCAUCUGUGACGUAUACCCCGGCGCCAGCAUCAUCUACUCCAAGCCCGCCAGCCCAGAACCCUUUAUCCCGGCCCGGCAGAUUUCCUUCACGCACGCCAUCGCCACCAAAAACCCCUAUAUCCACGUUAGGGUUCCGAUCGCAGCUUUUAAGCAAUAGGGACCGAGGCCAAACAUACACAGAAGUCUUGCCAUGGACGGAGUCUACGCACCUCCACUCCGCACCUGCAGCUCACGACUCAAGGCCAGGUGUUGGAGUGUCUGCUGGUACAAGACAGGAAGCGAAGCAAUACCAUCGCAGUCCACGGCACUUGAAGAGGACGUGGAGAGCGGGGUGCAUGAGAAGGUUUCCAUGGAAAGGAGCCAUGGCGAUGGGGAUGCUGUACAAAUCGACGCCGGAGUCAUGGCCAGCAGGUAUCCAGCCACCGACGUAUCUCUCGAUCAUGGAGAUUCUCAUUUGUCUGAUGACGCUCGGCGCUCUCGGCGAAGGGGUGGCGAUUUCUUUCUGGACUGGGCUGCUUCGCGGAACGACAAUUGGCAAAAUAAACGAUGUUUACUGCUUGAGAACUUUGUGGUCGGCAUCUCGUGCAUUGGCUCGCCUUCAGCUCAAAAAAGUGGGUUUCGCGACUCUCGUGUCUGCCAUUUCUCUAUCCCGUGGGCCAUUGUUUCAACGCGCGCUUGUGCUCAGGGAAGGGAAGUACGAACUUCACGUCGUAUACGUGGCGCUAGGCAUGGUUGUAUCAUACACUUCCAUACUCUCAACCAUGCCCUUAUAUCAUGGCUACUGGCACCUCGGCCGCUCCGUCAGUUUGAACCCGUUAGAGAUCGCGCGAGCCUUUGGCGCACCAAUGUUCGAUGGCCUAGACGGAAACGUAACAGCUGGGGAUAUUGAAGUUGAAAUGGGCGUUUUGGCAGUGAGGCUUGGGGCUGUAGAGAGGAACGGGAAAGAGAAGGCGUUGCGGGUCGAGUGUACGGAAAAGAUCAACGUUAGGAAGCCCAUAGAAGGGGAGAUCUUCGGAUGA